AUGGUCUUGUAUGUUCUUGUCUAUGUAGAUGACAAAAUUAUUAACGGUAUCAGACAUAUCAGUAUUGAUGGGUUUUUUGGAGACUUGGAUUCCAAAUUUUCUUUUAAAGAUCUUGGAAAAUUGAGUUACUUCUUAGGUAUAGAAUUAUCUUAUACUUCUACUGGUUUGUUUCUUUCUCAAAGGAAAUACAUAGAUGAUUUGUUGAGAAAGAACUACAUGUAUCAAGCAAAAGGUAACCCCACACGUAUGGUCACAUCUUGCUGGUCUGCUUAUGUAAACAGCCCCAUGGAGGAUGAGUCUUCGUACAGAAGUAUCAUGGGAGCUCUUCAGUAUGUUGUUAUCACAAGGCCUGAUAUUGCCUUUGCUGUCAACAAAGUUUGUCAGUUAAUGCAUAGACCGUUUAGAUAA